UCAAUCUCUCACUAGAACAGUUUAGAAGUUAAACCAUUUAAGCCCAAAAUGAUACGAAAUCUGUUAGUUUUAGUGUUGGUUUGCUUCGCUGUCAUGAUAGACGCUAAAUUCGAUAUUGUCUAUAAUAUGCUACUUACAAACCAUCCUGGAAAUUUGAUAACUACCAGUCUACGCACAUAUGGGCGCAAUCCAAGUCCAAUUUCUGGUAACAUUACAAUUCUAAAGGAUCUUACCGAUAAACAUCGGAUGUCAGUGGAUAUUUUAAGGCUUGAUAACAACGAAGUGGUGGACUUUCCGGGAGUGAAAAACCGGAGAAUUUGCGAAGCUAUCGCGGCAUUCUUUGAUCCUUACUUUAAAACCACGUUUACGAGCAAAAACACCAACUUGAACCUUAAAAAAGAAAAGCUGUGCCCCUUGCAAAAAGGCAAUUACUGGGUCAAGGACAUCGUGUUUGACAUAAAUGAGUGGAAGACGUUCUGGUGGCGCGUUGGAUCCUACAUCGUUAAAUUUACGAUAUUCAAUGAAGACGGAACAUUUGGCGGUAGAAUUAAAUUACAAGUUAAAGUUGAUCCGAUAUAGUCAUAAAUAAUUAUAAUAUGUAUAUGUAAAUAUUAAAACAUGGCUUUCAAAUCUA